CCAAUAUUGUUUUCCAUUAUGAUUAAUAAUGUGUUCUGUAAUAAUACUGGACUCAGGAUUCAUCGGUAUCCAGUGGGUCUCUGUAGGUCUCUGCUGCCCUUCGUCCUGACAGGUUGUUCUGUGAGUUUAUAAACUAAUGACUUUUUAUAUGUUUGUAAAAGAUGGAGACUGUUCUGGAGUCAGAGGAGGAUGAGCAGCGUCCGACCAGAGACCCACAGGAGGAGGAGGAGGAGGAGGGAGACAGAGAGCUGGAGGAAACCUUCAGAAACACUCAGGUGUCGGCUCCUCGUCAGCUUCUCCUGAGCUUGAACAUGGCCGACAGCUCGUUUCCUGAGUCUCACAGAAUCAACUCAGCUGCUGAGACUCGUCUCUUGACCUUCGCCAACAACUUCCAGCGUCAGUUCUCUCACAUGUUCCCCGAGCGGCGCCCCCUGCUGCUCGGCCCCAUCAACGAGUUUGGCGUUCAGAAGUUUGUGUCGACGACUCUUCGGGCCACAGCCACGGUUCAACCCGAGCUCUUCACCUGGGGGGGGUGCGCAGAGUUCGUGGCCAGCUUCCUGUCGCUGGAGCCUCUGGACCCCCCCAUCGAGCUGCCCAGCUACCUGUUCUCUCCGGCCUCAGUGCUGAGGACUCAGAGAGCCACGUGCUUCGAGUUCUCCACGCUGCUCUGCAGCCUCCUGCUCGGGGUGAACUAUGACGCGUACUGCGUCAGCGGCUACGCAGACAGAGAGACGUGUCUGCUGGACCAGAGCCUGCAGCACUGCCCCCUGCUGGACACUCCGGUCCAGAGUGUGAUCUCAGAGGAGUCACAGGAGAACAAAUACAAAGAGAAACCUCAGAGGUCGCUAAAGAGUCACUUCAUGACACAAGAAGAGCAGAAGAAGAAACCGAGCUCUGAGGCGGCGCUGCUUGAGAACCUGAAACCUGAUGAGCAGAGCGAGCAGCGUCCGGCCGACCGGCUCCGGGGCCUCUGGCUGCACUGCUGGGUUCUGGUUCUGUCAGGGAGCCGCAGCGUCCAGGAGAACUUCUUCAUCGAGCCGCUGACCGGCGCCCGCCACAGCACCGGCUCCGCCCACUUCCUGGGCAUCGAGAGCGUCUGGAACAACCACAACUACUACGUCAACAUGCAGGACUGCAGGAGCGGCUGCAGCGAGAUGGGGUUUGACCUGGAGGACGUGAACUUGUGGGAGCCGCUCCUGUUCGGAGCAACGAGCAAAAAGCAGCUGAUUCACGAGGCCUCAAAUAAGAACCUGUAUAAGAUGACCCCGGAUGUGCAGGAGGAGCUGGAGGAGCUGGAGGAGCAGGCUUUUGAGAUGCCCAGAUCCUGGGUCAGUGAUAUCAGCAUCACAAAAAAAGACCUGGAGACUCGCUGGCCGGGAGGACACAAGCGGACUCGCUACAGGAAAGCAGAGGUGGAGAGGUUCGCUCCGUACCUGAGGCCGAACGGUCUGACCACACGACUGGUUUCAUACAAAGACCUGGACUGCAAGGAGGUCCUCAUGGUGAAGGAGUGGUAUCAACACAGGACCGACCACCUGGAGGAGCGAGAGGUCAACAAGGUCGACAACGUGACCACAGAACGAUUCAGACGUGGACGACCUUUCGACCUCUUGUUUCACAGGUUCGAGUCCCUGACCACAGAGGGCGUGCACGAGAUGAAGUUCUGCAGCAUACGUGUGGACAACCUGGUGCAGAGGCUGGUGUCCCCGGGGGAAAUGACCGAGACCUUCCAGCGCCGCGCCGACUCCCUCUACUACAGGCGGGUCCACUUCGGCCGACAGGUCCAGUUCUCAGGAGAACACGUGAACUCUGAACCGGCCACACGCCUGAUCCAGGUGGUGGAGCGCUUCCACAGGGACAGUUCCAAACCGGCCAAUCAGGACGUGGCGGAGCGCGUCUUCCUGUUGGCGCAGAGACGCAUCGAGGUGACGUAUCAUCUGGACGCCGACACCUUCAUCCCAUCGCACCGGAGCUUCAUCAAACCACGAGAGGCCACGGAGCAGAAGAAGGCUGAGGACUUCACCCAGGACAUGGUGUCCAGCUUCAUGGUGGGCCUCUCCGAUACGCCUGUGAAGACCCUGACUCUGUACGAGAUGCUGGUUUCUCUGAUGAAGGAUGAAGAGAUGGUUGUUCAUCAGAUUGAAGAAUCUCUGAAGGAGGUGAGAGACAUCGUGUCGUGCAGAGAGGAAGAGGAGGGAGACGUUCAGCUCUUCUUCUGUCCCUGGACCACGACAGGAGCUGCCAGGGCCCGCAGCAAGAGGCAGGACAUGGAGCGUCAGGCUGCUGAGGAGCAGAGCUGGCUUCAUGAGAAUGAGAAGGACAUCCUGGCUCCGCUCCUCAUGAGACUCGACCUCUCAGACCCUCUGAGCGCUGAGGACGCCAAGCAGCUCCACCAGGAGUGUCUGUCAGAGUUCAAGCAGAAGCUGGUGGAGGACGCCAACCUGAUCCAGGAGCGCUACCAAAAGGAGACGCAGCAGCUGCAGAGGAAACAACAGUGGUACCAGCAGAACCAGCUGGACAUGACGGAGCCACAGGAGGACGAAUACCAGACCUACUGCUCCGACAGAACUCUCCAGAUACGUGUCGCCAUGAGACGGCUCAAAAUGCACCAGGAAGAAGCUCCUCUAAAGUAUCAAGCUCUUGACGAGAGGCUGAGAGAAGACCCUCGAUUGGCUCCUCACCUGCUCAGCUGAGCCAAUCAGCAGCCUCUGCUCCAAUUACCUAUCGGAUUAUUUCAUUAAACCUUACAGCGAUUUCAGUCACAUCUAUUAUUUGUAUCUGGUCACUCUGUGACCUUUGACCCCUGACCACUAAGGCCUAAUCAGUUCAUUCCUGAGUCCAUGUGAAUGUUUGUCUGGAAUUUGUGAAUUUGAAGAAAUUCUCUCUGAGAUCUGUUGAAACUUCAACUUUCCAAGAAUGUGACGGACGGACAGAAAACCUGAAAUCAUAACUCCUCCCUCCAAAGACAAAUCUAAGUGAGCAUCAGAACAUGUGACCUACUGUGUAAACACUGUGUGAGUGAGUGACCCUGGAAUCAAAGGUCAGAUCAAAACUUUGAAGAUUGUUUCGCUUCUAAUGAAAAAGAUCAAAACUCUGUUUCUGUUUCAUAGUUUUUAUUAUUUUGAUCACAAUAUUAAAAUCAAUAUUUAAAUUUUUCUCGGCUGCUGUUGAAUAAAAACUUUUACAGACAGAAUCAUUUUGGCUUCAUCACAUCAAACAGACAAAUGUUCAUAUAUGUUGGAUUAUUUCAUAUGUGAACAGACUUUAUGUGAUUAAACAUGAAUCAUGUCUC